UGCUUUCUGUCAGAAAAUACCCUACGCAUCUGCUUGCCACCACAACUUAAGGAGGACAGCCAACCUCCGCGUAAUGCGGAUCGCCUCAAGGCGACGCCUGACCCUGGCGCCGUGCUGGUCGCCGGCGCCCCCGUUGGGUGGCUUGGGAUCUCGUUUUUCCUGCCUGGCUGAAGCGGGAGCGGAGGAGGCUGCACCGUUGGCCGAGGACAUGUCCACCGACGUCCAUCCCAUGCAGUCUGGCGUGGCUCGUCGGAGGAAGACUGACGACGAGCUGGCUAAAGAGUUUUGGGUGGAUAUAGGAUACCCAACGCCCGCGUCUAGGGUGUGGGAGAAACCGCAUUCUCGACAUACAGGUGAGGUGCUCUCUGUGUGUAGGUCGGACGCGGUUGCAGUCUCAUCGCCGGAGGAGGCAGAGGGCGUCGUGCUUCCCGUCCCGGAUGCAGACAAGACGGCGCUCGGCGAGGUGAAUAGUCUAAGGUCUCAUACUCCGGCAACUCGCGGCGUCCACAGGGUGGCUAGCUUGACUAGGCCUCUCGUCAAGCCGUGGGUCGGACCCAUCCCGCCUCCUCGGAUGUCGCCAACGAGGACACUGGGCCAUCUUCUGCCGCCGGAGUGGCUCGCUGUUGGGGCGUCCUCGUCGCAGUCUACAGCUGCGCCGCUCACGUCGGGCUUGGCCGUGCAGCCCGCCGAGCCGACCGCGGUUCAAACCUUCGAUCCGACUUCUUCGGCAGCUCCAAGUCUGGCUCGCGGCCCGAUGCAUCUUGGACGUCCAUUACGGAUGGCCAAUCUCGGGCGUUGGCUAGGCCACAUGUGGAAACGGGUGCAGCCAGAAGAAAACCCUAAUCCCACUCGUUCGUUCGCGGCCGUUGUUCGCUCUCCUGUGAUGUCGCGUCGGGACGCCUCCUCCGCGCUGUCGGGGGCCGCCGCCGGCCGCCAACCUCCGAGCUCUGCGCCGCCGCCGAUCGCCCGCUCUCCCUCGGGUGGGGCUCCCGGUCUCGCACCAGGCGUGUACCAGCCAAUUCAGGCUGUCCAAACGGCCGCGCCUCAGGCCGUGCUUACGCCGUCGCAUCCCGCACCGGUGCAGCUGCCGUCGUCGCAGGUCGUCCAGGCCACGCAGCCACAUCAGUUUGCUGGUUACCAUCCUCAACAACCGCAGUUCCUCCUUCAUGCUGGAGGCGGGUAUGUGCAGCAACAAAAACACAUGUCGGCUCCUCCACGGUACCAUGCAUUGCCUGAUGUGACGCAACAGCAGUUUCAACACCUCGCCGCCGGUCCGCCUGUCUACGGCAAUGCAGUCGCCGGGGUUCCUGCUGCAGCCCGGCCGCGCAAGCAGAAGGGUGGUAAGGGCGGCCGCAUCAAGCCCCGUCAAGGUGCGGCUACUCAACAUCCUGCUCUCCCGCAAGUGGUCACCGCUGCUCCUAUUUUUGCUUCUGCCCAACCGGUGCAAUCCUUGGCUCAGAUGCCCAGUUUGCCCGCUGUGACAGCAACGCAGAUGCAGUUUGCAACUUUACCUUUGGACGCCCAGCAUAUUCAGUCUACAGGUGCUGUCCAAGAGGCAUCAGUACCCAAAAAGCUUUGGUGUUUCAAAUGCCAAUCUGCUGGACACAAGGCGGACGACUGCGAGACGCAGCAAUAUUGCUUCAUCUAUAACAAGACCAAUCACCCUAUGACCAUGAGACGGUGCCCUGCCUUAAAGCUACCAAAGCCGGCGGCGAUGCUAUGUGGUUAUGGAACUGAAACCAUGGCGUUUUUUCAGAUGCCUGAUAAUGUUUGUAGGGAGGAUCUCUCACAACAAGACUCACGGAUAGCUUUGGUUUCGAUUUCUGGUGGUUCACUUUCUGCCAAUAUUGUGGAGUUGGAGGUGGCUAAGAUUGCUCGGGUUCAGCAUGAGUGGAAUUGGGAGACGGUGCCACAUGGUGAGGAUGCAUUUCUGAUGUCGUUUCCUAGUGAGGAGGUUUUGCAGAGGGUGACCGGUUUUGCAGUUUUCCUCAAGUCUCACAAUGUCACCAUCGAGUUCAAGCCUUGGAAGUCAGAGGCGAUACCACAUCGUUUCGAGCUUAUUUCUAUUUGGGUACAUGUGCACGGUGUGCCUCACGCUCUUCGUCAUUUCUUGGGUCUUUGGGCGGUCGGCUCGGUUAUUGGAGCUACUCUGGAUGUCGAUCUUCUAUGUUUGCGUCGCAGAGGAAUUGUUCGUAUUCAGGUAGCGGUGCUGAACCUUGAUGCUUUCAAGAGAAGCACAAUUGAUUCUCUUUCUUCUGACGUGGUCAUUCAGAGGAAGGGUUAUGAGUUCCGGUACAGCCUGGAAAAAGAGGACUUUCGUGUUGAUGCUGAUUUUGUGCCUCGAGUAUGGGAGCAUGGGGAUGAUUCAGGAGGCGAUAAGGGACAUGAGAGGGAUGACACAGUGGGGGGCAAUGAUACCAGUAAAAGGCCCAAACCCACUUCUUCAUCAUCCAACAACACCUCGGCCCCUCCUACCUCGGGCGGAGUGGUACCCAUGCAGAUGGCCAUUGCCGUCACACCGUCGAACCCUCAUCGAGGCUUACCUGCCACAGCUGCUUCUUCGUCACUCAUGGGGUCUUCUUCGCCGGUGCCGGCUACUUCCUCUAACAUUGCUUCUCCGACGACGCUGGCGCCCCGAUCCUCGACGCCGCCUUCACCGACUCACUGGUUGGCGCGGCCGCACCUCGACGAUGGGGGUCACAUGCGUCCCAUACCGGAGGGGAUGGCAACCACUGUGGUGAAUGCGAGCGCUCCAUCGCCACCACCAUCGCCUACACCUGUCUCUCUGACUCGACGGGGAGUAAUCUUCUCCCCGUCCAUUCGUGCUUGCCAGGAGUCUGCCAGGGCGGAGCUCCGCGUGUUAUCAUCUACACCUCCGUCACCAGGGGGGCGUCGGCUUCCGGUCCCGAGGAGGCUGAGGAGCAGCCCCUGCGAUCUUCUUCUUCACCACCACAACAGUCUACUCCGCCUCUCGGAGUCGUCGGGACAGGCUCAGCGGCCGAUAUUACUCCGUCGCCAUUGAGGCGCAGCGGGCGUCAUUACGUCGGGACUGACAGUUCAGCAGCCACUGACGAGGACUCUAUGGUGAAGGCCAUGCGUAGGACGGCUGCGCGCAACCUCGACUUCGAAGGUUAUUCAUGUGUGUACACAAUGGCUCCAUACUUGGUCUAUCCUGCAGAGGCCGGAGAACAGAGACCUUUUUAUGAUGGCGUCUACACGGCUGGAGCGUACGGUCAGGGAGGUUUUCUACCCCAUGGAUGGCGGUGUGACCUACGGAUAGGAUCUGCCACUCCUUAGGCUGGACAUGUUUUUUUGAUUGGCAUUGUAUCGAAAUAUUUUUUGCUUUUAGGGUACUCUGGACUUUUUUGGCUGUGUGCAUCUAGCUAUGUAGAGGUCGGGCUUUCUUU